CCAGCCACAGUGAACAUGGAGGAGCCGGUGUGUCUGAUUGAUACGGGGCCUGACGGGCGCCUGCGUGUCCAGCAGGGGGCACUGCAGAUCCUGGAGCAGAUCCAGCAGCCGGUGGUGGUGGUGGCAGUGGUGGGGCUCUACCGCACAGGGAAGUCCUACCUCAUGAACCGACUGGCUUUGAGGAGAAAAGGCUUUGCUCUGGGAAGCACAGUCGAGUCCAAGACCAAAGGCAUCUGGAUGUGGUGUAUGCCUCAUCCCAGUAAAUGUGGGAACACCCUGGUGCUGCUGGACACAGAGGGACUGGGAGACGUGGAAAAGGGUGAUGAGAAACAUGACAUGUGGAUCUUCUUCCUGGCCGUUCUGCUCAGCAGCACUCUGGUCUACAACAGCAUGGGAACCAUUGAUAACGUUGCCUUGGAGAAACUACAUUUUGUGACAGAACUGACGGAGCACAUCAGGGUGAAGUCCACUAAUGAUGGCGAGACCACAGAGCUGAUGCGUGUCUUCCCCUCCUUCGUGUGGACAGUCAGAGACUUCAUGUUGGAGCUGGAGCUGGACACCAAACCCAUCUCAGCUGAUGAGUACCUGGAACAUUCCAUGAGGCUGAAAACAGGAUCCUCCCGGCAUGUUGUUCAACUCAACCGUGUGCGGCAGAGCCUUAGAGAUUUCUUCCUCGUGCGACGCUGCUUUGUCAUGGAGCGCCCAGCCAGCUCAGCAAAGAUGAAACGUGUGGAGCAGCUGACGGAUGCUGACCUGGAACCAAGUUUUGUAGAGCAGGCAAAUGACUUCUGCAGCUACAUCUACCAUGAGGCUCAGGUGAAGACCAUGAGAGGAGGCAGAGAGCUGACUGGCAGGACGCUGGGCGACCUGGCAGAGCACUAUGUGGAGGCCAUUCGCAGUGGGCAGGUGCUGUGUCUGGAGAGUGCUGUGGAGUCGCUGGCAAAGAUCCAGAAUAGCAGAGCUGUGGCAGAGGCUCUGGGGUUCUACCAGGCAGAGAUGGCUGAGAAAGUGCAGUUCCCCACAGAGACACAGGAGGCGCUGUCUAAGGUCCACAUGGAAGCGGAACAGCAAGCCAUCAGCAAGUUUAUGAAGGCAUCCUUCCACGAUCCGGAUGAGAAACAUCUGCUGCAGCUCAGGGCCAGCUUAGAGGGAAAGUACAGAGAGCUGUGUAAGAGGAACGUGAAGGAGUCUCAUAAGCUGUGCUGGGAAGUCCUCCGUCAGGUGUUUGCCUCUCUGGAGGAUGGAAUCAGCAGUGGUUCCUUCAUGAGACCUGGGGGCUAUGAGGAAUACCGCUCUGAACUCGACCGAGGAGUUGAACACUACAGAUCAAAGACAGGCAAGGGACUCAUGGGUGAGGAGGUCCUGGUGGAAUAUCUAGAGGAGAAGCAUGUGGUGGGCAAGACUAUCCUGAUAGCUGACGAGAGCCUGACUGAGCUCCAGAGGAAGGCGGAAGGUGAGAGAAACCCAGACAAAGUCAAAGUGAAAGCCCACCAAGGAAACUCCCAUUGUCAUUGGAUUUUAGUUUGA